AUAAGUAUAGGCUCAGAAAGUUUUAUUAAUAUAUUUUUUAAAUGUAUGGAUAAUAAUAGAGAUGUUCUAUAUCAAUUUUAUAGACCAUAUUCAACUAUUGUAUGGAAUGGAAAUGCCUUUCUUGGUCUAUCUUACGCAGAAUUUGUUAAAGAACUUCCUAUUAGUCACCAUGAAGUUCAAAGUUUUGAUUGUCAUCCUAUUAUUUCAAGUAUGAAUCAAGAUGGUACAUGUAGUAUUGUACUAGUUGUAUCUGGAUCUGUUCGGUAUGGAAAUGAGCAACAAUUAAGAGGAUUUUCUGAUACAUUUAUUUUAAAAUCAGAUUUAGAAAAACCAGGAAUUUAUUAUAUAGCAAGUCAUUGUUUUCGACAAGUUGUUUAAGCUUUUAUUAUAUUUAUUAAUUCUUUUUUGGUUUUUUAUAUGGU